AUGGUUUCGAAAGGAAGACUCAAGAUGGCCUUGGCCGCCGAAAAGGGCACCGAUUUCAAGAAACUGAAUCAGAAGAAAAAGGCCAAGGAGGCUGCAAAGAAGAAGGCUGCCAAGGUAGAAGAGAAGCCUGUCGAGAGUGAUGAAGAGGAGGAGGAGGAAGAGGAGGAGGAAGAGGAUGUUGAAGCUGAAGAAGACGAGGAAAUGGGCAACGGGGUAAAUUUGGACGCCAUCGACGACAGUGAUACAUCCGAGUCCUCAAUUGAGAUGGAGAAGCGGUUACCUAGAAAGCCUAAGAAAGACCAAAAGCCUCAGGCGGCCGAGGCGAAGCCCAAUGCCGACGAUGACGAAGAUGAUGAGGAAGAAGAGGAAGAGGACGAGGAGGACAUCCCCAUGUCCGACCUCGAGGACCUCUCCGAUGCCGAGAAGGAAGACCUCAUCCCCCACAGCCGCCUCACAAUCAACAACACAUCCGCCCUCCUCACCUCCCUCAAGCGGAUAGCCAUCCCCUCCGACAAAUCCGUCCCCUUCGCCACCCACCAGACUGUCACAUCUUCUACCCUAGCUUCAGAAGCCAUCCCAGACGUCUCCGACGACCUCCAGCGCGAGCUGGGAUUCUACACCCAGAGCCUCGAGGCUGUGCGACAGGCCCGCUCCAAGCUCCGCGCGGAGAAGGUCCCCUUCUCGCGCCCCAAGGAUUACUUCGCCGAGAUGCUCAAGGAGGACGCCCACAUGGAGAAGAUCAAGGCCAAGCUGGUCGAGGAGGCCUCGAACAAGAAGGCCGCCGCCGAGGCCCGCAAGCAGCGCGACCUCAAGAAGUUCGGCAAGCAGGUCCAGGUCGCCAAGCUCCAGGAGCGCCAGAAGGCGAAGCGUGAGACUCUAGAAAAGAUCAAGACUCUCAAGAGAAAACGUCAAGAAACAGGCGGCGCCGGCCUCGGCACCAACGAAGCCGACCUAUUCGACGUCGGCGUCGACAACGAGCUUGCCAAGUACGACUCGCGGUCGGGCUCCGGCCGCGGCAACAUGGGCGGGCGCGGCGGGGGCAACCAGAAGCGCCAGAAGAAGGACGAGAAGUACGGCUUCGGCGGCAAGAAGCGCCACGCCAAGUCCGGCGACGCCGUCAGCUCGUCCGACCUGAGCGGCUUCAACCCCAAGGCGAUGAAGGCCAAGGGCAAGGUGGGCAAGUCGAGACCCGGGAAGGGCAGGCGCAAGGCCAUGGCAAGUCGGUAA